CCAGGAGCGCGCGUAACCAGCCAGGUUGCCGCGGGAUGGAGUAGGGAUGGUAGUCGAGUUUUGUUAGCUUUAACCUGGGCGCCCAACACCUGAUCACGGUUCUGAGUGCCAGAGCGCCCUGUAAAUGUUAGUUCUUUGCUUCCUCAUGCCGACACUUUAAGGCCUCCAUUCAAGAGGGUACCCAGCUCUCUGCUUAGAUGACUCAGGAGAAACGUGGGGCAUACCAAAGGAAAGCUGUGGUACCUAUAAGACUUUCUGGUGUGUGUUUAAAAGACUAAGCCCUCAAGAGAGCUUCCUGAGUUUAGAGAAGGAGAGAAGAGAUAAUCCGGAUGAUCUAGAACCUUCUACAAAUGGAGUUACUACUAUAACUGACAAAAUACCAACGUCACCCAACUCUUCUUCAUUGCUGGAGCCUGGCGAAAGCGCUGGUUUGUCCUCCGGCGGGGCCGCAUGAGUGGCAACCCCGACGUCUUGGAGUACUACAGGAACAAGCACUCCAGCAAGCCUAUCCGCGUGAUAGACCUCAGUGAGUGUGCAGUGUGGAAGCAUGCGGGCCCAGGCUUCGUUCGGAAAGAAUUUCAGAAUAAUUUUGUGUUCAUUGUCAAGACCACUUCACGUACAUUCUAUCUGGUGGCCAAGACUGAGGAAGAGAUGCAGGUCUGGGUGCAUAGCAUCAGUCAGGUCUGCAACCUCUGCCGCUCGGAGGAUGGUGCAGCAGAUUCUGUGGAGAGCCUCUCUCACACGCCCUCCUCCCUCCAGCCUUCCCCUGCUAGCUCCCUUCAUACCGCCCAGGCUGCCAGGUCCUCCUUGCAAAGAGAUGACCCAAGUGCUAAUACCUCAGCCACUGAGGAAACCAGAAGUGAGUCAGAUUUUCUCUUCCUUCCUGAUUAUCUGGUUCUGUCCAACUGUGAGACUGGAAGACUACACCAUACCAGUCUACCCACGAGAUGUGAUAGCUGGUCAAAUUCAGACCGCUCAUUGGAACAGACUUCAUUUGAUGACGUUUUUGUUGACUGCCUGCAGUUGCUACCCUCCAGUAACUUGAUGUACUCCUCAUGCCAUGGGACUGGAUCUCAGGAGGUACCUUCCACAAAGUCUCAGGCUGCUCUGAUCAGGAGUAGAGAAUUCAAUGGGCCAUCCAAGGACCACUUGUCAUCUUCACCAUUGCUGGAAACUUCCUUAAAUUCCACCAUUCAGGUAGAUAAAAACCAAGGUUCCUUGCCCUGUGGGGUAAAAGAACUAGACAUUAUGUCCAAUACUCCACCUCCCCGCCCCCCUAAGCCAAGCCAUCUCUCUGAACGGUGCCAAGAGGAGCAGCUCCUGUGGAGUGGGCACAGCAGCAUCAAGAACCCAGAAUGCUCUAUGGUUCCAAGAAGAAUCUCUCUCUCUGGUUUAGAUAACGUGAGAACCUGGAAAGCUGAUGUAGAAGGCCAAUCCUUAAGACACCGAGACAAGAGGCUUAGUUUAAAUUUGCCAUGCAGGUUCUCUCCAAUGAGCCCCACAGCUUCAGCCAGUGCCGAAGACAGCUAUGUGCCCAUGGGCCCCCAUGCCACUGCCAUGAGCCUUGGAUCCCACAGUUGCCCUGAUGACUACAUCCCGAUGAGCUCAGGAAGCAUCUCGAGCCCACUUCCUGAGCUACCUGUAGACCUGGAGCCUCCUCCAGUGAAUAGAGAUCUCAAGCCUCAAAGGAAACCACGGCCACCUCCACUGGACCUGAGAAACCUCUCCACCAUCCGGGAGCAUGCGUCUCUAACCAGGACCCUCACUGUGCCUUGCAAUCGAACCAGCUUUCUCUCUUCAGAAAGAAAUGGUAUUAAUGCUGCAAGAUUUUUUGCCAAUCCUAUUUCCAGAGAAGAGGAAGAAACCUAUAUCCAAAUGCAGGAGCACAGACAAGCCAGUUCCCUGAGCAGUGGUGCUUUGACUUGGACAAAGCAAUUCAGCCUGGAUUAUUUAGCUCUGGACUUUAACUCAACAUCACCAGCUCCUGUACAGAAGAAACUCUUUCUUUCCGAAGAGCAAAGAGUAGACUAUGUCCAAGUGGAUGAACAGAAGACACAAGCUCUCCAAAGCACCAAGCAGGAAUGGACUGAUGAGAGGCAAUCAAAAGUGUGAGGGAUGUGCAUUUGGGGGAGUUUGGGGCUGGAGAUGAGUUUUUGCACGAGACCCAAACUGGUGAUCGACACGGGUCAAAACCAAAAGAGAAUGGGUGAUUCCAGUGGUCUUGAUGAGAACCUUGAGGAAAGGGGACUUGUUUGUAUGCUUUAAUGGAGAACAGAUGGGAGCACUUUCCUCUCAGAGGGUGGUCUGUGGGUGUCCAGCCCUUCAGCCUGAACCUGUUGCAGCGGUUUCCUUCUCCAGCUACACUGUCCUUCACAGAUCCUUGGCCUUGACUCUGCAGUCCUACGAGUCAGAGAUUGAGAUUCCAUUCAUUCAGGAAGUGUAGAAACAAUAAAAACAAGCCUUAAGAGAACAUUUUUCCUAGAGUCUUGUUAAAAGCGCUCCAAUGGAGUAAUUGGAGAGAAGAUUGGAGCCAGUAUUGGUACCAACAGAAUGACAUCAUUUUGCUCCAAUAACUGGCAUUCUGACCCCUCUCCUGUGUUUACAUUUGGAAUCCUGAAUUACCCUAGCUAGUGGGGCCCCUGAGGCCAUCUUGUCCCAGCCCCUGAAGGCACAGCGAUGGUCACACUGGUGGCAAAACUUGUACUCCUUAGUCCAAAGACUCCAGCAGACAAAGAGAAUUCAAGGUAACGGCAGUGAGUCCCAGGCUCUGUGCUAAGCAUAUCAAAUGACCCUGGUGGCUCUAAGAAUUCCGUGGUUGAACAGGUACCUGGAGCACAGUAUUCCAUUGCUGUUAGCCCCUUCCCAAUGUGCUUUCUCAGGCAUCAUCUCAGCUGCCCCUAUGAAGCGUACCUCCCUGUGAGCUGGCUAACACCGGCAGAAUAAUUUUUGCCACCUUGGGGAGUGAUAUAAAUCAUCCCUGGCUAUCCCAUUAUGGACCCUGGCUUUUGUGUGAUAAUAAGAAAUGAUCAGAAAAAGAAUGAGUUUCUUUCUCAGCUUUUCUUACACAUUUUCACUUCUGCUUUAGAGAUUACUAGGUCCUGAGAGUACAAACCCUCCUGCUUUGUAAUGAUGCCACCAUGUGAUCCCUUCCUUUACAAGGACCUGUGGUCAUGGGCCCCAAAAUGACAGUCUCAGUUGAGCACAAGGUUUGACUUACUGGCCCUUCUACAUCCUUCUGAGUACCUAAAGCCAGAAGACAUACCUGAACAACUCUGAUUAAGCAGAGACUUGUCUGCCAUUCCCUUUGACAAGAGUGGAUCAAAUAGGUGGGCAGGACUAUGAUUAUCAGGGUAGUGGGGCAGUUGUAGGCUUUGCUGCAAGGUUUUACGGUUUCUAACUGCCCCAAAGGGGAGUAAAUAGCAAAGUAAUUCUGAUUUUCAAAGUAGCAGGCUGUGAAGACACCAUUCUCCUCCUCAGGCAAAGAACGGACGACUUGCGAAGUACACUAAAUGAGUUCGGAGUCCUUAGUGAACCUGGACAGAGUACCAAGAGGGGUCCCUGCCCUGUGAUCAGCUUCACAUGCAGAUGCGUGGGCGGGCCCAGGUCACCUGCAAAGAGUCACGGAGUCUCAGGCAAGAACUUGGGCCUCUAGACUGCCAAUUCAAAUAACUCAUAGCUCCCCCUUGUUCGGGGCACAUGUGCAUAGGUUACCUGGCUGAGGCUGGUGUAGAAGAGUUGUAUGCCUGAGGAUCAAGAAUCAUACCAGACUGAAGAUAGAUCAGAAAAGAAAA